GACACUUGCAAUUGCUUUUAGCAAUGCUGUUCGUUGGUGUUGCUGGACUCAACCCUACGGUGGCGUCAUCACGUCUGCAGGGCUGUGAAGGUCUGAAUACAGCGUGGUUCAUUCUCACCUACUGGAUUUGUCCUAUGGUGGGAUGGAUGCUAUCGGCUUUCGUCGAUGAUCAUAUGAUGUCUGCUCCUGAAAAGAAGAUAAAGUGAUA